AAUUACAGUUAUCUGCAAUACCGGUUGAAAUAAUCAACUGCAUUUGUUGUGCAUUUGUUGACUAAAAUCGCGAUAAUACAUGUACAAAAAUGGUCAAACUAACAGCUGAAAUUAUCCAAAACUCCAUGCAAUACAUAAAUCCCGUCAAAGACCGAGAAUUAGACCUCCGAGGUUAUCGAAUUCCCGAAGUGGAAAAUUUGGGGGCCACCGGCGACCAGUUCGACACAAUUGACUUUUCGGACAAUGACGUGCGAAAAUUGGACGGUUUUCCGUACUUGAAGCGACUAAAAUGCCUCCUUUUCAACAACAAUCGCAUCGUACGAAUUGGUGAGCACUUGGAAGAAUACAUUCCAAAUUUAGAAAGUCUGGUAUUAACAGGCAAUCACAUAGAGGAACUAAGUGAUAUUGAACCCUUAGGCACACUAGAAAAGCUCACAAGUCUCAGUCUUUUACACAACCCUAUCACAUCAAAGCCUCAUUACAGGUUGUAUUUAGUUUAUAAACUACCCCAGCUGAGACUUCUUGAUUUUCGUAAAAUAUCAAUGAAAGAACGGGAGGAGGCGAAAACGUUGUUUAAGAGCAAGAAGGGUAAAGAAAUCAGAAAAGAGAUUGGGAAGAGGGCGAAAACUUUCGUUCCUGGAGGGGCACCCAACAGCAUUGCAAAAAGCAAAGGUCUUUCGGACGACGAAAUUGCCAAAAUUAGGGACGCUAUUAAUAAAGCAAGCUCACUGGAAGAAGUGGAACGCCUGCAGAAAAUUCUACAAUCUGGUCAAAUCCCUGGACAAGAAAAUAUGAACGGUUACCAGAAUGGACACAGUAUGGAUUAUGAGUAAAAAAAGGUAAUUUUCCAAGUAUAUUUAAGUUCAAUUAAAAAAAAAAUGGUUGAUAAGAAUGUUGUACUACACAAAACAAUAAAGACUUGUAAAAUAUUGGGUGAGUUGCUACUAACUCAAGGUUGAGAAGCGAACAGAAAUUUAUCGUUUUCAUAAUAAAAGUUUCUUUACUGUA